UCAUGUGAAGUUGAUCGAGGAAAACUUCAAAUGUUUUCCGCCAUUUAGGCAAUCUAAAUUUCAGACAUAUACAUUAAAUUUUCAAGUGAAACCCAUCCUCAAAUCACAGCCACUGAAUUAUGGAAAAAACAUACGGUUAUGAAAACUUCAACGAAGACAGCAAACAAAUGCCACAGGAUACUCAACAGGAAGUUAGCCCCGGAAUGGACGUUGAAGUGAGCGAAAAAUGCCGUCCGAAAUUCAGAGGGUGCGGACCCCGAAGGAGAAGGAGGAGGAAGAGAAGUCGCAAGAGGAAGAAGUGCAUCUGCAAGCCCAAACGAAGACGUAAAAGACGAUUGGUUCUGUCGUCUAAUCCUUUCAUCAUCUUUUACUUAGAAAUGUGGUUCAAAAGCCACGGGAAACGCGUAACGGAAGUGGCUCGAGAAGCAGGCAAGAAAUGGUGCGCGCUAAGUGAAUGCGACAAAGAGAAAUAUAUCAAAAUCGCAGAGAGAGUGAAACGACGACGUUCGAGGCACGGAAGAAAGUGUUAACAAGUCCUGUAUUUAUCUUGAAACGAUAGAAACAUCAAAGAAAAUUCAAAGGUCACAGUUCUGAAACCUUCGUCCUGUACGAUCAUGUAUCUCCCUUUUUAUUUAAGCGGUAAACAAAUUUGUAUUUCAUCGAGGAAAAUAUAGACGGUUCUGUUGUUAGCAGAACAAUGA